UUUAUAGCUAGGUUUUAAUAUUUUUUAUUAAAAAGUGUGAAAAUUCUAAAACAUGGAUCUUUUAGGAACGGAGGAAGUAUAGUUUUUUUCUCGGGAUGAGCAGUCAUAAAUCCGUCCGCAUUCAUUUAAUCUAUUCGGAUUUCAUAUUUUUAGAGUUAGAAAUUUAAAUCGUAUUCAAAUAUUUACAAAUUUUAGUUUGGAUUUAGUUCGAAUCAUUGUGGGUUUGGUUCGGAUUCGAAUUUGGAUACCCAUUUUAAUUAUGUAUUUUUUUUAAAAUGGAUACAAAAUUUUCAAUUUCUAAAAACAUUUUCAUUCUAGCAUUUUAGUUAAUGUGAAUCUUAAUAAUUUUUUAAUAUUUUUUUCUUUCAAAAUGAUUAUAUUCAGUAGUUGUACGGAGAGAACUUUAUUUAUGUAAUACAAAAGUUAAAAAUGCAAAAACUAAAAAUGAAGUGAUUAAAAAAAAAAUUAGCAUGAACUCGUUAAAUUGCCUGCAGUGGAAUUAAAAAAAUUAGUAUGUGAACACAUUAAUUGUUAUGUGAUUGUGAAGCUGACACGUCAGCAUACUCAAAAUUAAAUCGAUGUGAAACUGUCAUGUGUUCAAUAUAGUGUGAAAACGUUAAAUGACAAUGUUUUUUUUGUAAUAUACAGGAGAUGUUGAAUAUAUUUCAUGAAUAGCUAAUUUACGUUAUUGUAACUGAUGUCAGUAUCCACAAGAGUAGUAGCCAAUUAAAAAGUAUUGGACGACCACAUAAAAUUUUAGAUAUUAUUCAAAUUUUCUGCCAAAAACGGAAGUAGUAAGAAACUUUCUUCAACAAAUUUUGUACGAAGCCAAAAAAUUUUAUUUUUUGCAACGUUUAUAGUUUCACCAAUAAUUUUGCUAUGAAAAAGGUGAAUGAUUUUAUAAAGUUUAAGUAGAACGUAAUUUUAAAAUACCUAUAUAUUUAGAUUAAUCCAACAUGAAAGGAAGCAAAAACAUUGAUAAAUGUUUCCUGUAACAUUUGUAAAAGUAUACAUUUAAAUAUAAUUUGGAAAUAUAAAUAACUGGUGAGAAAAGUUUAAGUUGAAAUUUGAAGAGGGAAAUAAUCAUUGAUUGACUACGCACAAUUAAUGUUGGAGGAUGAUGACAAAAACAUAUAUUUUCCUCUUGACCGAAUGAGAGUCCCCAACACAAAAUUCCUAACUAGUCUUUUUAUCUUUUUCUUUCUUUCCGGAAAUGAACAAGAAACCGUAAUUUUUUUUUGUCGACAAACAGGAAACGGUAAAUAUAAAAUAGCUAGCUCGUGCAAGUAUCAUGAAACAAAAAAGCAUUGUCGAAAGCCAUAAACCAUUUGAGGUGCAAUCUCCCCUCCCUAGCUCAGGUAACAAGCUGUUUUCUUACUCAACGUUUCAGUAAUUUUUUUCUCUCUCUAUAAACUAACUGAUGAUUACACUAAUUUUGAACCUUUUAUGAUUCUAGUCAUGUAUAGCCUGCUAGUUUUUUUUCAAGGGUUGUAUAUAUGUAACCUUUUUCGCAGUUUAUCUGUAGUUAUUUUUAUUUGGUUAUCGUAAGAAAAAAUAAUUGAUAGAGACAACUCCCAUAUGAUGCAGAAACUCGAACAACACCGUUCUUCGUCUCCACAUUGAUGGAUGGUCACGCCAAUAUUCCUCCUUCAUACACCGGUCUCAGCCAAUACCCGGCGACUUACCCUUUUGGUGACGAGAGUUCCAAUAGAGCAACCAUGCCGCCGCCUUGCGGAAGCUCACUCCCAACCGUUCCGCCGUAUUAUCAGAUCACACCGACCAUUCAGCCAUCCCAGAAUUUCAUCCCCGGAUCAAGUCCCUCGCUGUCGAUGUCAUCUCAGCCGUCGUCGUCUCUCUACUCAUUCCCCCCGUUGAGCCCGUCGUCCUUCCUAGAUUUUCCUUCAGCAAGGGUGGCCAACAAAGAAAUGGCAUACCCUCCGCUUCCAUACACGGGAGGCUCAGGGAGUAGUCUGCCGUCGUCUGUCUUCUCAGUGCCGCCGACGUACCGAGCUUUUCCGUCAGCAACGGUGGCCAACAAUGACAUGGCAUUACCUCCGAUUGCGUACAUGAUGCCUAACUCCUCCUACGCAGAGGGCAGUAAGACUCAUAAACGGGCCAGCAGUGAUAGUAUCAGGUUAAAUUCACUGAUGGCUAGCAAUCGAAUCUACCCGAAUCCAAUAGAUAUGCCCGUUGGCGUGAGGACCCAAAAUGAAAGCGUUGGAGACAAGUCGUCGUCUCACAAUGAGGAUGUGAAUGUUGAUGUUCCGAAUGGGAACAAGAGAAGAGCAGGCAACGAAAUAGCUCCUCCAAGCAGAAUUUGGAGGAGUGUUUCAGCCGGUAGUAGUCUCAACGAGGCUCCUUCUCUUCCUCAGGGUGUUUCGGUUGAUGUGGGGAACGAUACUGCUUUCGGAGGCAUGUUUACUCCAGAACAACUGCGUAAGAUUGCCGCCUCUGACGAACUCAAAGCGAUGGCAGCAUCUGAUCCUAAGCGUCUCAAAAGGUAAAUAAUCUCUGCCUAUAGCUUAGCUUAGAUUGUGUAAAUAUUUGUUCUUUUUUUAAUCAAAAUAUUUGUUUUUGUGACAUUUAUAUAUAUAUCCAUGUGAUCAUAUAUAUAUAUAUAUAUAUAUAUAUAUAUCAUUUCAGACGCUUGUCAAACCGGGAAUCAGCUGCACGUUCAAAGGAGAGGAAGGCGCUGCACCAGUUCGAGUUGGAAGUCAAAGUCGAGAGACUUGAGACUCAGAUUGAUACAUUGACUGCCGUGCUCAAGCUUGAGAAGGUGAUUACCAUCUUACUUGUCACGGUUUGUUCCUCUGUGAGAGAUAUUUUUGUUAAUUAAAAAGUUUUGUAUAUACAUUAUUGUUGUAUGCAGAGAGAAAGAAUGGCGGCGGAUCACGAGUGCGCGCGACUGAGGACCA